AUGGAGCUAGAACAGCAAAAAUGGUACAAUCAUUACACCCACCAGGAUCAAAACAUGAAACAACUAGCAAGAGCACAAGAUAUAAGUGACAAACACUCAGCAGCAAGUAAACUCAAAAUCUUUUGGAUGAUCCUCCACAACCCGCAUUACCCUUACACAGCUGAAAAUCUACAACAAGACGGUUUUACCGGCAAAUUGGGAGUUCGAAGGGGACUGAACGGCAACGGCGAGUGUGGAAGCAACGAUGGAGAACUGGAGAUAGCGAUAACCCUAAUUUUAUCUCAUUUUUUUGUUUCUUUUGUCCGAAUGUUUCUCUCUAAAACCGUGGCAUUCGUCAACGGGUCGGUAAAACCCCACCCAUAG